UGUAUAAAUAGUUUGCCAUGAGGACUAUUACGAGAAAUCUCUUUCAAUAAUUGUUGAACUCGCGUCCGAUCCGUACACUCCUUAACGGUUUUUUUUCUUCGUUCUUAAAAUUGCGAUUCAAAAAGAAUAGGAUGUCGUCUAAAAUACCAAAUGAAGUUCUUAAUAAUGGCGCUAAAAUUCCAAUGCUCGGAUUUUCCUCGUGGGGUUGGGGUGAAACUGGAAAAGGAAUAAUUGAACAAGCUGUGAAAGAUGCAAUUGAUCUCGGAUACAGAUAUAUCGACACAGCCCCAAUCAAUGGCAAUGAGGAAGAAGUGGGAAACGCAAUUUUAGCAAAGAUAGAAGAAGGUGUAGUGAAAAGAGAAGAAUUGUACAUUGUGGGCAAAUUGUGGAAUCCGAAGGCCUUUCACGACCCGGCAUUAAUCAAAGACGAACUGUUAUCAACUCUGCGGAAUCUGAAUUUAACGUAUCUCGACUUAUAUGUGAUACAGUGUCCCGAAGGCGAAGUGCAGAAUGUGAAUGAUACGUGGCAUGAAAUGGAAAAGCUAAUAGACAAUUUCAUCAUUAAGAGUAUCGGUGUGUCGAACUUUAAUGAAGAUCAAAUCAAUUAUUUGUUGACCAGUGCACGUUGCACACCGGUCACAUGCCAAUUCGAUUGCCAUCCAUACUUAACGCAAAAGGAGAUGAGUAAAUUCUGUCGGUCAAAGAAUAUAGCGGUUACCGUUUACAAUCCAUUUGGCUCGUCUGCUCUGCUGGAAGAUCCACAGAUCGAAUCCAUUGCUCAAACAUAUCGAAAGACGCCCGAACAAAUUUUACUGCGAUACCAGAUUCAACGUGGACACAUUGCCAUACCAAUAUCGAUAUCCAAAAUGAAACUGAGAGAAAAUAUGGACAUUUUCAAAUUUGAGCUGAAAAGCCCGGACAUGCUUGCAUUGGGCAAACUGGAUCGCAACAAAAAUUACAGUUCACUGAAUGCGCUAUCUUAUGAACGAAUGAAACUGAAACUGUGCUUCAGACGGUGAUUUAGGCGCAUAGUAUAAGCGUAGGAAAGCUAAGUUUCCUUAUAGUGGACAAUUUGCUCAUUUAUGCCAGUCAGUGUUGCGAUGACCGUCAAAUAUAAAGUCGCCAAGGGCAUGUUCACUGGACGAUGGCAACAAUUAUAAAUGUUUUUAUUUUAUUAUUAUUUUCAGCUAUUUUUCUUUCUAAUUGAUGCUGACACUGCUUUAUUGUACUAUGUCUCAUGUGUGUGGGCGAUAAAAGACUGUUAAAUUUUCGUCUUUUUUUUUUUAAAUCGCACAUGCCCAACUUGUAAUUAUAAAACGGAAGUGAAACGAAAACAAACGAAAAAAAAAUGUAAAAUGAAAAGAAGAAAUGAAAAUAAUUUUUUAUUAAAAUAAAACCACAUCUUU